AUUUCAAACGAAAUGAAAGGGUAAUCGGGUAAUCAUGUUAGGACUUUCAGUUCAUAACAGACAAGCUCCAGGGGAAGAGAAACAACAACCUCCGUUCUUCAAACCUGGUGUGAACUGAUAACGGCCAUUAGAGAUGGAAGAAGCCGAGAAAAUGGUGGCAUUAAAGAAGGCUUACGCUGAAAUAAUCCUAAAUACGGCGAAAGAGGCGGCGGCCCGUGUUAUGGUCUCUGAGCGCAAGGCUUUUCGCUCCCAGCAGGAGCUCUCUGCAGAGAAGGAAGAAGCGCUUAAUAUGUUACUUCGCCUGAAACAAAUCAUGGAUUCUAAGACUGCUGAAGCAGAAAUAGCAUCCUUGAGUCAACAAAGAAGGAUUGAAGAGCUUGAAAUGCAGCUCCACGAAGCAGAGGAGGUGGUAAGAGACCUCAGAUCUGAGUUGGAAGGAGUGCAGGAUGAACUGGAGAGGUUGAAAAGCAACCCAGGAAAUCUUUUGGAUGGACAAAUUGUAAUGGGGAAUGCUGCUCCUCAUGAAAAGGAAGCACAGGAGGACAAGCUACAUAUUUCUGAUGGUAUUUCAUGCCAUCCUUCUGAUUCAGAAUGCAGAUCCAUGUCAACUUGCAUAAUGAAUAAUGCACCUUUGAAUCAACCAGACGAUAAACGCUGUUCUUUAUCAGAAAAUGGAACAGCACAGGUUGAGACCUCAAGUAACUCUCCCAUGGAGAGUUAUUGUGCAGGUAACCCUGAUUUAGCCUGCAUAAUAAUGCGAAGCAAAGAACCAGAGCUUUACAGAAAUGGAUGUACCCAGAGAAUCCGUGCAUUUGAAGGGAAUCUGCUGGAUGAAGGGAAGUUGCCUCUUCCUGGACAUGAUGAUGAUCAGUGCUUGCAUACAAAGAAUGGAGAAAAAGUUGAAGGAACCCAUACUGUAGGCUCUCCUAAGACUGACAAUAUGACUGUGGCAGAGAAGAACAUGACUGAGUCAGAAGAAGUAAUGCAGCAUGAUAGCAACAGUGACAAAGGUCAAGCUGGUAAAAUUGUUCGCAUAUUUUCUAAUAGAAGAAGACGAACUAGGUACAAGAACCGCAAAGUUACCUUGUGCAGUUCACUUCCUGAUCCUUGUGAACCAUCAUUUCAUUCUUCUACCAAAACUUAUCCACUCCCAGUCAAUGGAGAUGCUGAGUCUGGUGAAGAUCCAUCAAAGGUAUUUGAAGAUGAGGCCCGGAGGGAUUCAGAGUCCAAUAUGGAUAGUCAAGCUGGGGACACUAAAGUUGGAAGUCCUCAGAAUGUUAUAAGUGAGGAUCCAGCAUUGAUAAAUGACUCAGUGUUCACUAGUCAGGAAUCCAGAACUAUAGAGAAUUCAGAGGUUCUGGGUUCUAAACUGAAACUUGAUCUUGUUGAUCUGCCAUCAAUUAAUUCUGAUGCCAAAGAUCAAAAAACCUGUGAAACGACUACUGCAGCUCCUGCUGAAGCUGCAACUGAUAGGCUUCUCAAAUACACAUUUCGGAGGAAGCGGAAGAAGGAGACCAUGAACAAUGCUAACGACAAUGCGCCCCUUGAAAAGAAAAACAGUAUCAAGAGGAGCACAGUGGAGAAGCAAAACAGCACACCAGAGCCACAGAAGUCAAGCUUGAUAAUUGAGUCACCUCGAGACAGCAGGCGACUUGUGCAGGUUGCUCGUCAGCUUAUUUCUCUGUCUGAGAAGAGGUGGUGGUAGUUAGAGUUGGUCAUAUCUGACAUCUAAUAGUGAGAAGGUUA